AUGCAGUCCUUCACCAAGCGAUGCGCUUUGGCUCUUGCCACUCUGGCCACCGCAGUCACCGCACUGGACGGUAUCGUAGCUCCAUCUGAGGUCGCAGCAGGCGAGGAGUUCGAGGUCACCUUCCAGUCCAGCAACGACGACAGCUACCGCGUCUACCUCGCCGCAUCACUAGCAGGAUCCAAUGGCCCGACCUGCUAUCUCGUCAAUUCCACCGAGCUCGACGACUCAAUCAACGUGACAAUCCCAGCCAGCGUCGGCCCAACAGCCAACUACUACUCCAUCGCAAUCGCCGACAUCACUACCGGUCAAGCUGCCACAUUUAGCAACCGCUUCAACCUGACCGGAGCUACUGGCGAGUACUCAGACUAUGAAGACCACCUCGGCGGCUCCCCUUUCUGGUCCGCCGACGACCUGCCAUGCACUGCCUACAACUGCGCUCGCCAAUGCGCUCAAGACGGAUACCCCAAGGACCUUACCGAGGAUGACGCCUACAACACCAUGAAAACCUGCAUCAUGUCCUGCAAAGGCGUCACUGCCGCCGUCUCCCAAACAGCACCAGCCCACGCCUCCUCGACUUCUGGCCCAACCGCAACUCUCACCGGCAUGAUGGCCGUCAUCACCAUGUCCGGCGGCUCCGUUGUCACCGCGAUCGAGAUCGAGCAGGAAGUCCACGGCAGCACGAUUACGCAGGCCAUCAUUGGCGACGCGACGAUCACGCUCAACGGCGCAGCACACACGAUCGGCAGUGCGCAGCUCAGUCUCGCCACGGAUGGUGUUGCAGUUGGAGACUCCACGACUGUGAUGUUCAGCAGCACGACCGCAACAAUGGGUGGUGCCACUGCCACAGAUUCUGCUGCUUCGGCAUCGACCAGUGAUGGCGCAGCGAGCAAGAAUUUCAUGGCCGGUGCUGCUGGUGCGGCGGCGGCUGGGUUUGCCGGGUUGGCGUUUGUCCUUUGA